AUGAGCGACAAAAUCUGCGAAGAAGAAAAACAAAAUUUAAAUCCAAUAUCAGCAAAAAAAACAAAGCUCUUAAAAACAGGUCUUAGUACUAGAACUGCAAGUAGCAUUUCAAGUACUAAUUUUGAAGAUAAUAAUCUUGAAGUUUCUGAACCAUUCUUUGUGCAAGAAAUUUCCGAAGAAGAUAUAAUUAAUAUAUUUCAAAUGAAUAAUGAAAAUAAUCGCUAUGACAAUGAUGAUAGUAGGUUUCUUUAUAGUGUUAAUGAAAUAGAAGAGCAGAUUAGUACAAGUUUUCAAAUUUUAGAAAAUUGCAAUGAUGAACCUGUAAAAUUCGCAUUUGAAAUUGAAUUGGAUAUAAAUCUUUCAGAAUAUAUUAACUUUGAUCUUAAAUCUGAAUCACUUGAUUUAGAAGAAAUAAAAAACCAAUUCCCUUACUGA